GAAAGAUGUUGGAAACCCUCGCCAACAUGGCGCUGGGCGCCGCCGUCGUUGUCGCGGCCCUCGCAGUCGUAUACGUCGCGUUCCAACUACAUUUGUUGCCACGGCCGCUCGCGAGCAUUGCCGGAAAGUUGUUCAUCUUUCCCAUGUGGCCGUUCACGUACCUCGCGCGCAGGUCCAACUACUACACAGAAAUUGACGACACAGUGAUCCUUGGUGCAAUCCCCAUCGUGUGGAUGGGACACGUCUCUCAGAUGGUGUCGCUUGGUGUGCGUGGUGUUGUGAACGUGUGCGACGAGUAUGGAGGGCCAAUUGCGACGUACAAGAAGCGUGGCAUUGCUCAAUUACACAUCCCAACAGUGGACCACUUGGAGCCGACUUUAGACGAUAUCGUCAAGGCAAUCGAGUUUAUAGAGUACUACAAGAAGUUGGGUGCUCGUGUGUAUGUGCAUUGCAAGGCCGGAUCGGGGCGAAGUGGCGCUGUUGCGUUUUGCUGGUUGCUCAAAUCGACGAACAUGAGCCUUGAGGACGUUCAAGAGAUGAUGUGUGCCAAACGGCGGGUGCGGCGAAAGCUAUUCAAGCAAGCAAGUGUGUUGGCAUUCUACAACACCCUCAACCACCCGACGACGAUGGCUUCCCCGGUCGAAUCCGUUUAGGUUACACUGCUGUCGUGUGCAAGAUGAACCACAAGACGAUCCCUUGGAGGAGUCCCAGAACACUCAUCCAGCCAUUUUAUUCACUUAAACGAGUCCACGUCUUUCCAUGACGUGGAGUGCUACGGUAAUCUUCACGCCCAUCGCCUCUUAGUGCGUCCCGCUUCACUGCUCAACUGAGAUUAUUGUUGUUACCGCAA